AUGAAAGAGCUACACCAGCUUAACUCAACCUUAGAUGAUCAUGACCUACUUUUAUCAAGCAGUGAUCUUGAUUACUAUAUCUAAAAGAAUAAUAUUUAAUUAAUGAAUGAGGAAGCAUAUUAGAAAAUAAGCAAUUAAGCAAAAAGUGAAGAGCUGGAACAAACUUUCAGACUGAAUCCUUUUAUUGAAAAGAUUUAUUACACUGAGACUGAAAAGAUAGUCGCUUAUGAGUUCAUCACUAUCAAGCCACUAGGAAAAUCACCAAAUGGACUGCUAAUUUCAUCUGCUAUCGCAGUUGGAUUAGAAUCAGGUUAGGUCAAAGUAUAUGACUUAUUUGGCAAUCUCUUGAUGGAUUUCCAUGUUGGCAACCCUGAGAGCAGAAAAUAAAUUGUCUAAAUAGCUGCUUCACCAUUGCAAGAUGAUAUGUUUAUUAGUGUCCUAACCAAAGAUAACUAGUUCUAUAUCUAUGAUGUUAUCCUUGAAAGAAAAUUCUAAUAUCAAAAAGAUAAGUACUAAGAGCUUUCUGAAAAAGCAAGAUAAAAUAAGUCUGAUAAUGAAACAUAGAAUAAUGAAGAUCAGAAACACCCUCAUUAAAGACAUUUGAUUGAUGAAAGUUAGCCUUCACAAGAUUCAUUUGACUCAAUCGCUCAGUUUGAUGAUUCUAAAGUUAGUAGUAAAAACAAAAAGAAGUAAAAGAAGUAACCUCCAUCUGAUGAUACAGCAAAGUAUAAGUCUCUCCUAAAGAUUUACAGCUAUCGUACAAAUGAGCCUACAAUCAUUAAUAUGGAUCAACUUUUAGUUUCUCACGGGUAUCCACAGUAUGUAGAGCCUAAUAAUGGCUUCAAAGAAUUUCUUAUAUAUGUGAGUAAGGGUGAGAAAUUCUUUAUUUUUGCUGAUUCUUAAGGUUACUUCACCAUCUUAAUGAGAGAUGGUGGCUUCAGAUCUAGAUUCUUUAGUGGUUCAAAGCUUAUUAACAACAUGGCAAAACAUUCUGUUAAUGUGAUAUAUUCAAAUGAAAGAAGAGUGGGCUAUAUCAAAUUCCUAGACUCAUCUGCUGGUGGAGUUAUGUGUGAUGCUGGUUUGAAUCGUUAAAUUAUUGGUGCUUAUCUAGAUUAAACAUUUUCUGGAAUAAUUUAUGCUGGAACAAAGACUGGAGAGAUUUUGGUGUUUGAAUCACACAGUGUUGUACAUAAAAUUGAUGCAAUAGAGUGUAAAAUUAUUGGAAAACUACAAACAAAUCUUCAACAAGAGAUGAUUAGGACUAAUAAAACAAUUCCUUAUGAUUUUAGAGCUGUUAAAGGAAGUAUUAUCCUUUUUUCUCAAGAUGGUGUUUAUGAAUAGAUCAAUACAACUGAUAUUUAUUCUCUAAUUGCAGCACAUAAUUAAAGAGGCAUUUUACCAUUAAGAUACUAACCUAGAUUCCAAGGUGAUCUAGAUAUUGAUUUUAGUUCUGCCACUAAAUUAGCUGAGACAAAGAUCACAUACGCAAAUGCAUUAGCAAUCAGAUCUCCUAAAAAUCCAAAUUAACUUAUCCUAUAUGAAUGCCUUGCUCCAUAAGUAAAGCAUGACUCCAUGUUUGAGAACUUCAACUUUAAAUUCCCUAUGUUCAUUGUCGCAUUCUUGCUAGUAAUUGGCUACCAAAUUUACAAGAGAAAGAAUAACAGUUAUGAGACUGAGGAGGAAUCUGGACUUCUAGGAAAAUUCGCAAAGGGCAAGAAUCUCUCCGCUAAGGCAAAGAAUGAUCUCAAGGAAAUUGAAAAAAUGAUGGGUUCACUUGGGGAUUUAAGUGAAGGUGUGAAGAAGCUCUCUGGAGCACCAGUGAAUAAUAGGAAAAGAUGA